AUGGUGGCCGACGAUGCCUACGAGAUCUGCCUCCCCAUCCUCGAAGAUGCUACCCUCGAGGACGAGGACAAAACCGACAAGCUGGAGGAUCUACUCAAGAAUGAAACUACAAUGACAGGAGCUGUGCUCGAGAAUGCUGUAUUGGAUGUAUUAUGGCGAUAUCGCGAAAGCGCUGCGAACGCUAACUCACCACCGGCAAUGCGACAUACUGUCCUUCGUCGACCAUCCCCUGCUCCAUGGCAGAUCCCACGUGUCGGAACACCAGUGACUUCAUCCCCUCGUCUUGGAGUCAGUCCUCUCGCUCCCCAUGGGUUUAUGCCACAAUCCUUCUCUCGCACCAGGUCUAUACAAGGCUCCCCUUUCACCUCACCGCGACCCUCCCCGCGACUCGCGUUCUCCAGCCCUGCGAUCCCUCAUAGCCCAAACCUGAACGCAUACGAGUUUCCGAUUGAUACUAGCCCUACACAAGACAUAUAUGGAGACUAUGGAAGUGAAAAUGUAGAUUGGCUUGUGAAUGAUGAUGCUGUCAGUAUUACAUCAUCGUCUGUCGGAGGAAGUGGCCUCAACGCUGCCGCUGCCGAAUACAUCUCUCCCCAGCAAAACGAUAUGAGCUCUCAUGAUAUGUUACGGUCAAUUUUUGGUCCUUCAAAAACGGUCGAGGAGAUUGAAGCUGCCCUUGCUUUGCACGGAUACGAUUUGAGCGCUACCAUUGCUGCUUUCAUGGAUAGUCAGUCGGGUGAUGCUACGGUACAAGCAGAGGGAGAGGGCACCAAAGCUAUCCUGAUUGGUAAAUCUAUGGCAGCGGACGUGCCUCGCCCAAAUACUCCGGCCGGCCAACAAAGAAGCGGUGUCGUAUGUCGAUUUUGGUUGUCUACUGGACAAUGUCUACGUGCGGAUUGCAGAUUUAGUCACGAUUUAAGUAACCAUAUUUGCAAGUAUUGGGUCAUGGGCAAUUGUCUUGCGGGAGAUACUUGUAUCUUCAGUCACGAUCCCUCAUCAUUUAUGAGCCGACUCUCUCUCGAAGGGAGCAGCACACCCCCAGCUCAGAAUGCUCAACCCAGUUUCCAAUUCCAGGAUUAUAAUGCUUUCCCAUCUCUACAACCAAUGCAAGAACAGUGGCCAACCUCUUAUUCGUCUGCAAAUGCUUUCAGCAACUACCAACAGGGUGGCUUUACCCCGCCACCUGGAUUCAAAAGUCUACAAGGCUAUAACAGUGAUGGAAGUCAGCGAUCUCGACCAAGUAGUCGAGCUAGAGAUGUACCUGCAGCUCCAGCUCUCGAUGACACGGAGGCAUUUCCAUCGUUGGGUGCUGUGAGUGCAAAGGGCAAAAAGCAUCACGGGAAGCGAGGUGGUCAUGGGCACAACCACAAAGAAAAUAACAGCCCGAGCUCUCUCGCGGAUGUGGUAAAGCUGUCGCCUUCACCAGGCCCUGGCAUGAUGCAAGAUAAGAAAAAAAUCAGCAGGAUUGGUAGCUCCAAUAAUGUCCGCAAUGGUGAGAAUAGCGCUCUUGCCCAAGCUAUUUCACCUCCCCAGCAUAUUCCAUGGUUAGAAACUGGAGAAAGAGCCAAUAAAGCAUACCUCAAGGCCAGACAAGAUGCAAUCAAGCAUGGUGGUCUGAGGAACAAAUUUUUACAAAGUGCCGCUCAAGCCUGGAACCGUAAUGAUGCCCGUGCUGCAAAAGCACUUAGUCUUCGUGGUCAAAGUGAGAAUGAUCUCAUGAGGAAAGCACACCGGGAAGCAGCUCGUGAGCUUUACGAGGAACGCAAUAAGAGUAACUCCCCAAACGCGGAGCUUUAUGUUGAUUUGCAUGGUCUUCAUCCUGAGGAAGCCGUUGAGUAUCUUGAACGGGUCCUACUAGAUAACAGCAGAGAACCAAAGCCCGUUUAUGCCAUCACAGGCACCGGUCAUCACAGCAAGAACGGAAAAGAUAAGGUUGGUAAAGCCAUUCGUACAUUCUUGAACGAAUGGAGAUACGCAUACCGCGAGUUCUCGGUGCCUGGCGAUAGAAACAACGUAGGUGGUAUUCUGGGCGUUGAUGCUAGGUCGUAUGAUAAAACACUAUCUAGGGAAAGUAACGGGGUAGAUGGAGCAAAGGAAGAGGUUGACAUUUUGAGUCAAGGUCAUGAGAUCGGUGGCGGAAAAAUCAAGCUUCUAGUGCGAAACCAAGAUCGAAGUCAAGAGGUUCCCAAGGGACCUAGCGGUAAAGGCCGAUGA